GGGGUGAAGCCAGUCCGUGCCUCCCCUCUUGAGAGGUGUUCAGCCCGCUCGUACCUCGUCGUACCUCGUACCUCGAGGGCUGCACCUCGUCCGCCGAGGUGCAGCCCUCCUGUACUCUCUGAAGAGGGUGCAGCUCUCCCGUGGCGCCCAGGGCCCGUGUAAGGGUGCAGCCCGCCCGUGCCGCCCGGGGCGGUGACACGUGACAGUGCCGAGAGGCCGGCGGCGCUGCGGCGGAGAGAAGCAGCUGGCGGCGCGCCGGGCGCCUCUGCAGUCGGCUCUGCGCCCCGACCCGCUGCACCCGAGCUGCACCGACCGCUCACCGACGCACGCGCCGACACCGUCCCUCUGCUCACCGACGACCGCCGCCGACGCCGACACCGACGACAUGGCUCUCCCACCGCGCGGCCCCGACGGGUACCGACGCGGCUCGGCGCCCGAAGAUUCCUUUCUGAACAAGCUGACCCGUGGCCGCGGCCGGCGCGCCGAGGCUGACACGCCCGAGAGCGAGUCGCUGCUGGGUCACCAGCCGGCCGUGCCCGCGCGUAUCAUGGCCCGUGUCGAGUCGGGACCGACGCUGAGCACGUUUGUACCGGCGGAGCCGACGCGACGCCGCUCCCCGCCGAGCCUCGCCGCCACCGCCGGAUCCGGAGCCACAGCUGGAGCCGGAUCCGGAGCCGGAGCCGGAGCCGUAGCCGCUCAGGUCAAGCCGUACAACCGGUAUGCAGCCGACAAUGACGCCAUGGAAGAGAUGGACAGCAUGUUCCGGGCGCCGGAUGAGCGCACCGACUUCACCUCGCUUGUCACCGAGGAGGCAGAGGUCAAACCGAGCAAACGCUACUCCGAGGACGACUUCCAGGGUCAUUUCCGUGAGAACCAGUACGCCAAGCCUCACGAGCCUCUGAAGCCGGCCAAACAAAAGAAGAAAAAACACGAAGGCGGCGGCUCUCGGCGGGCCAGCAUCCGCGAUGAGGACGACGACGAAGAGGAGGACGACGCCGCCGCCAAGUCAUCCAGCCGCACGGUGCCGACCCUGCUGGUCACCGACGAGACGGCCCAGGGCUCAGAUGAAGCCAAGAAGGGCGACGACAAGUCGUCGAAGCACCACCACAAGCACCACCGUCAGCAUGUGGAGGACCCGGCCGGCCGCCGGGUGCCCGGCUCGGAGAGGCGGCCGCGCCGGCCCUCCACCGGCCAGGGGCCGCUCGAUGACGAGCUGCAGGACGCCUCUGACCCGCACCAGGACGAUAUCAGCAACCACCGUUUCGAGGAGGCCGGCCGUCGUCACCACCACAAGGUGGCCAAGAAGAAGGAUGAAGUCGUACGGCUCGGGGACAUCAACGCCGGCCACGGCGUAACCAGCGGCGGCAAGAAGAUCUUCGACCACACGCCUCAUGACAUCUACGUGCAGAUGGACGAGCUGACGGCUACGGAUAGUGAGGCUGAGUGGCAGGCCUGCGCGCGCUGGAUCAAAUACGAGGAGGACGUCGAGCCCGGCUCGGACCGCUGGGGAAAACCCCAUCUGUCGUCGCUCUCGUUCCAGAGUCUGAUGCACCUGCGUCGAUGCCUGGAGAAAGGCGUGGUUCUGCUGGACGUGGAGGAGCACGACUCCGUGGCCAUCAGCCACCGGAUCACCACUCAGCUGGUGAACGAGGACGCCAUCCAGCAGCAGGACUUUGGCGCGGUGAUGCGCACACUGCUGCUGCGCCGUCAGCACGUGGCCGAUCACAACAGUCGCGGCCUGCGCAACUACAUGAGCAGCCGUAAUCUGUCCCGCGCCACUCUGCAGAGCCUGGCCGACAUGCGGCGCGACUCUGCCCGCUCGCUCUCCGAGGUCGACAAGGACAAGCUGAAGAACUCGCUGACCGUCAUGUCGUCCUCUCAUGGACAGAUUCCGCGACACAACUCGUUUAAAUCAGCGCAGGAGAUCGGCGGCGAGUCGGUGGCGAGCAAUGACGACCUGCGCCGCUUCAUGUCGCACAACAACAUCCUGCGCCGCCUGGCGCCCGGCACUGAGACGUUCUCGGUGAACGUGGGCCGCGUCGACUUUGCCGCCGGCCCGGUGGCCGCGUUCGUGCGCCUGUCGGAGGGCACCUACCUGCCGGGUAUCACUGAGAUGCCGCUGCCGGUACGGUUCAUCUUCUUCCUGGUGGGCCCGCACGACUCUUCGGAGGACUACAACGAGACGGGACGCGCCUUCGCCACCAUCAUGUCCACACCGGCGUUCCAUGAGGCGGCCUACAAGGCGGAGAGCCGCUCGGACCUCAUGUGGGCCUUCAAGGAGUUCCUGGACGAUACGCUGGUGCUGCCACCUAUCGACUGGACAGCCAACCCGGACGUCCUGGACGUGCACAUGCUCCAGACCCACUCGAGAGAGAUCCAGGAGAGGAAGCGUGAGAAGUUGGCGCUGCGCAGCCGGCGUGAGUCGAUGGUACCCGGAGCGACGGUGGGACCUAAUGGUGUAGCGGCGGACGGCGCCGACGCACCGCCCGGAGACGGAGACAAGAAGCCUGAAGAUGACGACCCGCUCACUAGGAGGGGACGCCCGUUCGCCGGAUUCAUCAACGACAUCAAGCGCAGGUACCCGCACUACGUGUCCGACUUCAAGGACGGCCUGGACGCCGCCGUGUUCUCGGCAGCUUUCUUCAUCUACUUCGCAGCUCUGGCCGGCGCCAUCACAUUCGGAGGCCUGAUGAUGGACAAGACGGACCUGCUGGUCGGUAUCUCUGAGACGCUCAUCUCCACCGCCAUGGCCGGCGUGAUAUUCUCUCUGUUCUCAUGUCAGCCGCUCAUCAUUGUCGGCACCACUGGACCCGUGCUGCUCUUCGAUGAGGCCCUCUACUCGUUCGCCAACUCGAACGGCCUGGAGUUCCUGCCGAUGCGCGUCUGGAUCGCCAUCUGGAUGCUGGCCAUCAGUCUGGUGCUGGUCGGCCUCGAGGGCUCCGUGCUGGUGCGCAAGUUCACCCGCUUCACCACCGAGAUCUUCUCCUCGCUGGUGUCGCUGCUCUUCAUCUUCGAGUCGCUCGCCAAACUGGCAUCGGUGUUCAUCGAGCACCCUCUGCUGGCCGACUACUGCACCGACUCUCUCUUCCUCUCCACUCUGCCCCUGGUGGUGAACCCCCUCAGCGGAGAGCACAUGAACGUCUCCACCGCCAUGGUGGCAGCCGCUAACGGAAACGACACGAUCAGCGCCAACGAGACGGAGCUCAUCGACGCUAGCAACCCGAACGCCACCAUGCUGGGCGACGCGCCGCUGACCGACCCCAAGAACCAGCCCAACACGGCGCUGCUGUCGCUGCUGCUCAUGUUUGGCACGUUCGCCAUCGCCCAGUACCUGCGCUACUUCCGCAACAGCAAGUUCCUCGGCCGCCGCGUGCGCCGCAUGUUGGGCGACUUCGGAGUGCCGAUUGCUAUCCUCAUCAUGGUCGGAGUUGACAUGCUCAUCCCGAUGGUCUACACCCAGCGCCUGGAGGUGCCGGCCGGCCUGACGCCGUCCAACCCGGCCGUUCGCGACUGGCUCAUCUCACCUCUGGGCGUGCACCAGUCGACCUCCUGGCUGGCUAUCGUCGGCGCCAUCCCCGCCGCCGGCCUCAUCUUCAUCGUCAUCUACAUGGAGACCAUGGUCUGUGAGCUCAUCAUGGCCAAACCGGAGCGCAACCUCAAGAAGGGCACCGGCUUCCACGUCGACAUCGUCGUCAUGUCGGUGAUCAACCUGAUCUCGGCCCUGAUCGGCGCCCCGUGGAUGUGCGCGGCCACGAUCCGUUCUGUGAGUCACGCGGCCGCUCUGACGGUCAUGUCGACCACCUACGCGCCCGGAGAGAAGCCCAAGAUGGUGGGCGUGCAUGAGCAGCGUCUGUCCAACCUGUUGGUCUCCAUCAUGAUGGGCCUGUCGGUGGCACUGUCGUCGGUGCUGAAGCUGAUCCCGGUGGCCGUGGUGUUCGGCGUGUUCAUGUACAUGGGAGUGAGCUCGAUGACCGGAGUACAGAUGAUGGAACGCGUGGUGCUCUUCCUGAAGCCGGUCAAGUACCAUCCAGAUGAGAACUACGUGAAGAGGGUGAAGACGUGGCGUAUGCACCUGUUCACCAUCAUCCAGUUCUGCUGUCUGGGCUUCCUGCUGGGCAUCAAGUUCACGCCGGCCGCCAUCGGCUUCCCCUUCUUCCUGGCCAUGCUGGUGCCGCUGCGACUGGUGCUGCUGCCCAGGCUGUUCUCGCCCAUCGAGCUACAGGCGCUGGACGGUGACGGCGGUGAGAUGGCUGACGACACGGACGCCGACUUCUACGAGGAGGCGCACACGGUGCCUGCCGCCACCUCGGCGCCCAGCUUCUACAACAACAGCAGCCUGCAGCUGCUGCGGGUGCAGAGCGCGCUCAGCCCACAGGCCAAGGUGUGAGGUGCGAGACGGCGACACCGGCGCGCCCGCCGCGCCCGCUCAACAGCCGACCGCGCCCCGGGCCCACCUCAGUCCAGCCGAGCCAGCUGCCACCGCGGGCGGCCGUGUACCCACUGUGACGUCAUGAGUAGCUAGUGGAUGACGUCAUACAGCUGUACUGUUGUGUGCCCGGAUGGAUGUGGCGUCAUCAUUAUGUGGUCAGCAAGGCCGGGACAAAGUCUUUAUGUGUGUAUGUGCGUGUGUUUGGAGGAGUCAGUUUGAUAGGGUGUGUGCCCGAAUGGCGAGCCGCCCAUAGCGGCCGAGUUCGCGGUUUGUCGCGAGCGAGUGUCCGUACCGGCCGAGUGGUGCCUGUCCGAACAGCCAUUGGGGGCGUACAUACCACAUAUACAUGCGCGCAUAUACACAAACUAUUCAUAAAUGAUAUUUUGUCACCGGAGGCGGUAUUUUAUGGGCGGCGCUCGCGCCGGGUCCCCUGUGCGGCCUCCGCGGGGCGUCUGUGUCUCCGCGGAGUGGCGCAGGGGACUCUCACAGGCCUUCUGACUGUGCUGUGAUGGCGGGCCGGCUGUGGCCCUCACAGGGCUGACCAAGCCGACAGAGGCUGUCCGAGUUGCCACUCCCCAGCGGCAGAGGAGAGAGGACAGGCGUGUUGCAGAGUGGGGGCCGUCCCGUGUGCGUCGAGAUGUUUGUCCAGGUCGGUGCGCUGACCAGUGGGAUCGGAUGACGCUUUGAGACGCGAAUGUGGAGCGCGCGUGAGUUUUGUACCGGCGUUCAGAGGCAGCGAGAGCUCCGCAGCAGGAGCGCUACCGCGCUGUGUUUGUGUGUCUGUGUGGCGUCCUGGUGGAGAAUCGUGUGUGGUGUACGGGUGAAAUAAUUCCAUGUUGAUAUUGGCCAUUGCCUGAUUGAGAUGUGUUGUCUACCGCCGUCUGUUGACUAAUCCGAAUUGAAUGAGAAAUGUUCCGCUGCCAGAGCGAAACAGAGAGACGAUUAUGAGUAAUGAUAAGAAGAGAAAGAGAGAGGGAGAGAAAGAAGAAGAGAGCGAGAGUGAGAGCCGCUGCCACGAAACAAAAUGGCUUCGACGGUGGUAAAUACAAUUUAUUACGAAAAACA